AUGAAAAGCUGCAGCACCACCACUAUUGCACUCAGAAAACACUGGCGUCUCCAUCGAGCCUCAAAAGCACCACCCGCAAGAUCCGUCGGCUCCCCGCAAGCCAAGAGCAUGUCUACGAUCCGCGUCCUCAACAACGUGCCCGUUCACCUGCCCGAAGGCUUGAGCGAGAAGCAGUUGCUGUCCUUCCGACCAUUUCAGCAAUGGACCACGACGCUCGACAAGUCGCUCACCCGGCAAUCCGCCCCUGGCCACCCCUUCCACAAGGACCCCUACAGCCUGCGCUCCAUCACCAUCCAGUCCUUUGAUCUCUGGGGCCAUGAACGCAUCGGUUUCAUCAAGGUACUCGCGUCGGUGUCCAACUCUGCGGGUGAGGCGCUACCGGCCGGCGCGUUCCUCCGCGGGCCCAGCGUCGCCAUGCUGGUGAUGCUCAUACCGGACGACGCGGCGCCCGACUCGGACGAGCGCUACGUCGUGCUCACGGUGCAGCCACGCGUGUCAGCAGGCAGCCUGAGCUUCGUCGAGCUCCCCGCCGGCAUGGUCGACGACGCGGGGAGCUUCAGGGGCGCCGCGGCAAAGGAGAUUGAGGAAGAACUGGGCAUCACCAUCCACGAGGACGAACUAGUGUCUCUCAACGACCUGGCGGCGGAGGCUGCAGGCCACAGGGAGGACGACGACGAGGGUCUUCCCACGGCCAUGUUUCCCAGCGCGGGCGGCUGCGACGAGCACAUUACGAUAUUCAGCUGCGAGCGGAGGAUUCCCCGAUCGCAGCUGAGCGAAUGGAACGGACGACUGACGGGGCUGCGGUCAGAGGGGGAGAAGAUCACGCUGAAGCUUGUCCCCAUGAAGAAUCUCUGGAUGGAAGGCGCCCGGGAUGCAAAGUGUCUGGGUGCGCUGGCUCUAUGGGAGGCACUGCGGCGAGAGAAGAAGCUGAAGCACACAAGGCAGGAGCAGGAAAACUAG